AUGCUACUUGAAGCAAUUGAAUAUUUGACCACGCAAACGGAAAACACUGAUUUGCAGAAAAAAUUUGAAAUCAUUAUAGUUGACGAUGGGUCAAGUGAUGGAACAGCAGAAUAUGCGCUCAGUUUGGGGGAUGAGCUCGAUCUAUCGCUUCAUCAAUUGAAAGUGGUUCAACUUGCGAAGAAUAGAGGAAAAGGUGGGGCUGUUACACAUGGAAUCAAGUAUGCCUCUGGAUCUUAUGUGAUUUUUGCAGAUGCCGAUGGUGCAUCGAGGUUUUCCGACAUCAGCAAGUUAUUCAAGGCUAUGAAACGUGUGGAUGGAAAUGAGCCCAAUAAGAUUCCCGCUGUUGCAAUCGGAUCCAGGGCACAUAUGGUGAACACAGAUGCAGUAGUUAAAAGAGCUUUCAUAAGGAAUGUUUUGAUGUAUGGAUUUCAUACUCUAGUUUACGUCUUUGGUAUACGAGACAUUAAAGAUACACAAUGUGGAUUUAAGCUGUUCAACAAAGCUGCAACUGAUCUAAUUUUCCCACAUAUGCACACAGAAGGAUGGAUUUUUGAUCUUGAGGUCCUGAUGCUUGCCAAGAGACAGAACAUCCAUAUUGAUGAGGUUCCAAUUAGCUGGCACGAGGUUGAUGGAUCAAAGAUGGAACUAGCAAGAGACUCUGUUAAAAUGGCUAUUGAUCUUGUUGUUAUCAGAAUGGCUUAUAUUCUUGGUAUCUAUAAGGUACGCAAACUCAAACAGAAGAGACUCUGA